AUGCCAAUCCCCAUUGCCACCCUCCUCCUCCUCUUCCUCGUCGCGGUCACCGUUCCCUCCUCCCGUGCCGCCGUCGACGCCGUCCCGCAGCCCAGAGGGUUCUACAUAAACUGCGGGGCGGACAAGGAGGUGCAGUCAGGGAGCAUCAGGUGGGUGCCAGACGCUGCCUUCAUCGCCGUCGGCAACGCCUCCGCGAUCAACAAGCCCAACAUCCUGCCCGUCUUCUCCACGGUGCGCCACUUCCCGGACGCCACCGCGCGCAAGUACUGCUACACGCUCCCCGCCGUCAAGGGCUCCCGCUACCUCGUCCGCACCACCUACUUCUACGGCGGCUUCGACGGCGGCACAGACCCGCCCGUCUUCGACCAGAUCGUCGACGGCACCCUAUGGAGCGCUGUCAACACCACCGAGACCUCCCGACGCGGCAUGUCCACCUACUUCGAGAUGGUGGCGCAGGCGCAGGGCAAGUCCAUGAGCGUCUGCCUGGCCCGUCGCCCCGACACCAAGUCCAGCCCCUUCAUCUCCUCCCUGGAGCUCGUCAACCUCGAGGACUCCAUGUACAACACCACCGACUUCGACAAGUACGUCCUCACCACCGUCGCGCGCAGCGCCCUCGGCGUCAAGGGCGACAUCGUCAGCUAUCCAGAUGACCAGUACAACCGGUACUGGGCGCCGUUCAUGGACGGCAACCCAACGGUGGAGAGCCACUCGCCGAUCUCGCCGAUCGACUUCUGGAACCUGCCGCCGGCCAAGGCGCUCAAGGGCGGCAUCACCACGAGCCGGGGGAAGAAGCUGACCGUGCAGUGGCCGCCUGUGGAGCUGCCCCUCGCCAGCUACUACGUGGCGCUCUACUUCCAGGACUCCCGCACCGCCAGCCCCUACAGCUGGCGCGUCUUCGACGUCGCCGUCAACGGCAAGGACUUCUUCCGGGGGCUCAACGCGUCGGCGGCGGGCGUCAUGGUGUUCUCCAACAUGUUGCAGCUCGCCGGGAAGACGGAGAUCCUGCUCACGCCCAACGAGACGUCCCCCGUCGGCCCGCUGAUCAACGCCGGAGAGAUCUACCAGAUCGUGCCCGUCGGCGGCAGGACCGCCACCAAAGAUGUGGUUGCCAUGGAAGAACUCGCGAGGAGCCUCAAGAACCCGCCGCCAGACUGGGCCGGCGACCCUUGCCUGCCGCCGCAAAACUCAUGGACUGGGGUCAAUUGCUCUGGGGACUCGCCCGUGCGCGUCUUGUCACUGGAUCUAAGAAACCGUACUCUUUCAGGAUCGCUUCCCGACAGCAUUGGAAAUUUGACUGGAGUGCAAACCAUUUUUCUCAGUGGCAACAAACUCUCAGGCCCCAUACCUGACUUCAGCAGCAUGCAAACCUUAACUGCAUUGCAUCUAGAUGGCAAUCAGUUCAGUGGAACAAUCAACCCGUCACUGGGAAACCUCACCAAUCUUAAGGAGCUAUACCUGAACAACAACAAUCUUACGGGACCUGUACCACCAAGCCUGAAAACCAAGCCUGGGCUUAUCAUGAGGACUGAGGGGAACAAACUUCUAUGA